UCCUGUGUUUGUAUUUAUUGUAAUCUUUAAACCCUAAACAGUUACGUUGUCUGCAUUUUUCUACGUAACCGAUCUAUCACACUUCUGGUACUUUUUCCAGUCUCUUGCAGCCACAAAGGUUGCUCAUUGGUUUUCUAAUCCAUCUCUUUCGUCUUGCGAUGGGAAUGUUUGGAGCACCAAGCGGUAAGAAUUCCUCCGGCCCCAAAGGGACGCCCGCUUUUCUUUCCCAGAAAAAUCGAGAUCCUCUGAGGGAGCUUCUUCGGAAAUCAGACCCUCCUUUCCGUACGUAGGUUUGGCUUCUUUGUCGCAAAUGACGACGAUCUGGGUAGAUGAAGCAACUAUGUGGAAUGGUUUUUAAAGAACCUUACAACUCUUCUCCAUGCCGGUCAGCAGUUCUUGAAGCACAGCUUCAAAAAUGGAUGAAGACCAACUCCAGGAACCCAGCUCCAUCUGCUCCAGCAUGCUUCAGGAAGAUGCAGUCAUUAAAAAAGAUUCAGUUAACGACACUACAAAACAUGGAGAUACUUGCACAUCUGUACUUCCUGAAGAUUGCUGUUUACCUGUGGCUUCAAAACAUCUGCUUGGGUCAAAAAGCAAACAGAAACCUUAUCUUGGGGGACUGCCACCAGCAUAUUUGCUUCCUUACCUGGUUUUAAUCAAGAAUUGUGUUCAUUUGCCAUUUUCCACCAUCAGGAAACGAUGUCUCACAGGAGAGAUACUGUGCAGGAUAGACUCUUUAAUGCUGAGGCGCAAAAAGAAGAAACCACCACUUGAACCAGCAAAAGAACAGACACUUCAAGAAACAAAAUAUGCAACUUUUGAUGGCCUGGAGGACCUACAAUGGAAAUUAUUCAAAGGUCUGUUAAAACGAAAGCCAAAAACAGUGGGACUUUGGAGGAAAGCAAAUUACAGUAAGGGACCUGUCACAACCCUAAUUCCGGAAGCAAAAGAAUACAUCCUUCCCCUACUACCUAAAGACUGGAUAAUUGAUGAGUCCCUCGCAUUUUCAAAAGAGAUGGUUUUCUUCCUUUUACAAACUAAUUAACAUCUGUGAAUGUGUAGCAGUCCCUGAAAUUUGGGAGAGAAUCUUUGUAAACAAGCAGUAAACAACACAUUGUGCUGGAUAUAUAGUGUGAUGCUAUUAAGUAAUUUGCUUAUAAUAACUAUAUAUAAUAUAAUAACCAUAUUGGGCUAUUGUGGUUUCCAGCAAACCAACCCUAAUUUUUUGCUACAACAGCCUUUUAUUAUUUUUUGUUGAUUUAUAAAAUCUCAUGAUCUGGUGUUCUCCAGAUGGCUCUCAUGUAGAAUUCAGAAGUUGCAGUCCCCCUUCUCAGCCCCAUUAGGUAGAUCAGAGCAGGAAAUCAACUCCACAGGAAAGCUAAAACUAUUUAUAUUAAGACUGGCUAUAAAAACCUUGCGAGUAUGAUUGUGCUAUCCUCCCCACCUUAUAAUUCAAUGGAUUAGAGAGGUAUCUGAGCCAUUUCCAAACAUAAUCUGGAUGUUCUGGACUUAAAUACUGCUUUAGCCCCAUUUGCCUAGGCAACAACACCUACAUAUUUCCAUCAAGGUCAUCUUCUUUACUCUCUACACCACCAGAUCUAAAAAGUGCUGUAUUGGGGAAGACUGAUUUAUAAUCUUGCUACUUGAUCCCAACUUCAGUACUUAUCUCAUUUUACUGAUACAGAUAGAAGUAAAGGCUAUUCUGAUUGCUGGAUGCAGUGCAAACAACUUUACAGUCCUUUGUUUGGCAGAUCUAAAAAGACUUGUUGAAAGAGCUAGAGAAGCAAGGCUUUUGGAAUUCAAUAUAAAAUCCAUAUUCUUGACUAUGUCUAUGAUCUAUGACGUUUUACGUCAGAUUAGUAAUAAUCCCUAUAUAUGUUGAUCAAUAUUGUCUAUUAUAGACCUGUAAGUAUAUAUGUAUAUAAUAUCACCUGUAAUGGAAGGUAUCUGCGAGGAGGAGACUGGUAUGGG